AUGAAGUGGCCGGGAACGGGAGGGGAAGAAGAGGCGGGUGAAGCUGGCUUACAGAGCACGCGUGCAUCACAAGCUCGAAGUCAGGACGAUGCAACAGUACAUUACGUAUUUCAACGAGAGCCACAAGAGGGAGAGCUUCCAUCCCUAGCUCCGAAACAACGUUGGGCCGUUGGAGACGAUAGUAUUGCUGAGAAUCAAGAUAAAUGGAAAAAUCCAAAUCCAAUAACAAUGAAUAAUAUGCAUCAACAAGGUCAAGUGCAACUUAAAAAUUCACAAACAAAUCAACAACAGUUUAUUAAUCAAGCUAUUGCUUCAUCUGUUGGGACUUUGGCUAUAAAUCCUUCAGUAAUUGGAAGUCACCCAGCUCAUUUAACAACCAACAUGGUUCAUACACAACUAGCACCACUGCAAAACCCUACUCUUGGUAAUAACUUGACAAUUCAAAAUAGUGCAGUGAUGAUGCAGCCUUUGCAAAGUAUUCAAAAUGCUGCACAAUUGGGUCAACAAGGAUUGUAUGACAUUCAUCAACAUCAUGCAAAUCCUAUGCAAGCCAUGAAUGGUAUUGGAAAAAGCACUGAACACCUUAUGUAUUUGAGCCAGGCUGGCAUGUUGGGGCCUGGCACUAAUCAGUUUCUUCAGCAAGGACAAAAUCAGCUUGGACUCACACAAGUUGCUGCUAUUAGAAACCAGAUUGCACCUGCUGCAAAAAAGCUAUGGGACAAAGGGCCGGGCGCCGGGGGCGACAGCAAGGGCACACCACACCUGCCGCCACUACAGUUGAACCCGGAGCAGAUGUGGCGUGAUCCCACUUGGUCUGCGCAAGCUGUGGAACACAAUGUAGGCGUACCGAUGAUGAGUACCCGUCGUGGUGUCGCGUUCCCCGGUGGCGAUGCCGGCAGUAUCUUAUCACCUAGAGACACGGCUGGCCUUGGAGUCAAAAUGGUCGAAUAUGUACUAGGUGGAUCUCCUACAGGUGGUGUUGCUGCAGGUGGAGGUGAGAAAGUUGCAGGCGUGGUUGCCGGUCUGCGCGGUAUGGUCCUUGAAGAACGUCCUGAAGACAAGUCAGCUUCUCCUUUCGAGAAGGACUUGCAUGAACUACAUGAGCAUGGAUCUCUGCCCAAUGGUCUUCAUAAUGGGCAAGAAGAUGAUAAAGCUUUCAACCGUACUCCAGGUUCGCGACAGCCUUCCCCGGCAGAGGAGGAGGCAACCGCGACGGGCGCCAGUUCGGGUGUGCGGAACGGCGAUGCGCCCGCCUUCUCGCUGCUGCCGCCCCACGCCAUGCCGCAGCCACAACCGCAAUUGCACCAUUUACCACAUCUUUCUCAUCCCCAGCACCACCCUGGCAUGUUAAGCGUGGCUCCCUUACAAGGUCUACCACAUCCACAACAUCCACAAAUUCAUCCUGGCAUGACAUUGAACGACUCUAUGAAUCAACACAUUGAACUCGUUUUGCAAAUGGAACAGCAUCCACAAUUCGAUAAUAACAGUUUUGCAAGCACACAACAGUAUGGCGGCGGGGUUGGCGUUGGUGUCGGUGCUGUUAGUGGCGUCGGCGGAGUGGGAGGCGCCAGCGGCGGCGUGGGCAACGUGGGGGGCGUGGGCGGCGUCGGAGGCGUGGGGGCAGUCGCCGGAGCUGCUGCCAGCCUCGUUAAUGGCGCUUCCGUCGUACCGUCUGCGCCGGACACACAGCAGCAUCAUCAACCCUUCGAUGUACAGCAAUUGUUCCGGUCGCAACAAGCAGCAGCAGCAGGGGGACAAGCGGCGGCAGCGCAGUUACAGCUUCUGCAACAACAACAGCAGCAACAAUUUCAACUACAACAACAGCUAGCCGCACAGCAAGCGUUCUCACAAGCGCCGUACGUUAUUAACGCCGGACAAGAGGGUGCGCCCUAUGUGAGUGCACUAAUAGCAGGUGUGCCACCGUACUACGGCGUAGCAGCUCCGUGGGGCGUGUAUCCUGGUCUUGUGGCGCAGCCAGCACAGCAGCAGGCACAACAACCUCGCCGACCACUAACCCCGCAGCAAGGCGAGCAGCAGGUGAACGGCCAGGGGCAGUAUGUAAUACCCUAUUAUGACCCUGGCUCGUUGGUCAUGGGCGGACGGAACGGCACGCCGUUGAGGCUAGUGUCUCCAGGCGGUGUGCUAGCGCCACGCCAGUAUCCUCCAGCACCCGCGCAUCCUGGCGCCAAUGCAGCGCCACCAACUACUGCGCAACCUCAGCAACCGCAGCCUGGCGGUGCCACUGCAACACGGCGUGAUUCUCUGGAGUUCGGCGCAGGACCUGCUUCCGCACUGCAGGAAUACGCAGCGCGCAAGUGGGGUCCUUCGCCGCUGUCACCUCCCCUUGGCGCGCUAGGUCCCGUGGGACUACGACCAGUGUCGGCCGCGCCUGGCGCUGAGACCGCCAAGUACAGAAAUGUGAGCAGUUUAGCGCAGGGCCUUACAUCGAACGGAAUGUUUGGGUCGUCAUCUUCCCUCCUGAGCAAACUCAGUGGAGUGGGAACAAUAUCAGAGCUGGUGGGUGGUGGUGUGGGCGUAGGCGGGGUGACCGUGGGCGGAGUAGGUGUUGGCGGCGUAAGUGUGGGUGCACUAGUGGGCGACAAGCCGCCUGCCGGUCGCAGCCGUCUGCUUGAGGACUUCCGCAACAACCGUUUUCCCAACUUACAGUUACGAGAACUCGCCAACCACAUUGUAGAAUUUUCACAAGACCAACACGGCUCAAGAUUCAUCCAACAAAAAUUAGAAAGAGCUACGGUUCAAGAGAAGCAAAUGGUGUUCAAUGAAAUUAUCGGCGCCGCGUAUAGUCUCAUGACAGACGUUUUUGGGAACUACGUAAUACAAAAAUUCUUUGAGUUUGGAACGACGGAACAGAAAACGACAUUAGCACAGAAGGUCCGCGGGCAUGUGUUAAACUUAGCUCUGCAAAUGUACGGAUGUCGAGUGAUUCAAAAAGCACUUGAGUCGAUACCAGCUGAGCAGCAACAAGAGGUCGUACGCGAACUCGACGGACAUGUGCUUAAGUGUGUAAAAGAUCAAAAUGGCAACCAUGUUGUACAAAAAUGCAUUGAAUGUGUCGAACCGACGGCAUUGCAGUUUAUAAUCAACGCAUUUGCGGGGCAAGUGUAUGCAUUGUCCACUCAUCCAUACGGGUGCCGCGUCAUACAGCGCAUCCUCGAACACUGCACGCCCGAGCAGACCGCGCCCGUGCUCAGUGAACUGCACGCGCACACCGACCAGCUCAUACAGGACCAGUACGGCAACUACGUGGUGCAGCACGUGCUGGAGCACGGCGCGGCCGAGGACCGCUCGCGCCUCGUGGCCGGCGUGCGCGGCAAGGUGCUGCAGCUCUCGCAGCACAAGUUCGCCUCCAACGUCGUGGAGAAGUGCGUCUCGCAUGCCACGCGCAACGAGCGCGCCUUGCUCAUCGACGAACUCUGCGGAUUUAACGACAACGCUCUCCACGUCAUGAUGAAGGACCAGUACGCAAACUACGUGGUACAGAAAAUGAUUGACGUUGCGGAGCCUACCCAACGGAAGGUGCUGAUGCACAAGAUUCGACCGCACAUUGGUUCGUUGCGCAAAUACACGUACGGGAAACACAUUAUCGCAAAAUUGGAGAAAUUCUUCAUGAAGGCGCCGGAACUGGGACCCAUCGGGCCUCCGCCGCCUAACCCUGUACUGUAG